AUGGAGAUUUACGUUGUUGUGCGUACCUUUGUACUUGUGUUUUUUCUGGUGGUAGAAGUAGCAGGACAAUGUCGGAAAGAACUAUUUUCUCAACGUUUAGGGAGAUAUCCAGACGCCUGGAAGAUUCUCGGAAACUUGACACAGCAAUUCUUUUUGGCAUAUUAUUCGCACAGUUCAGAAAUAGGAUCCCAACUAAGGUGCUUGCGUACUAUCAGCCGUACAGUGGACGAGUCGCUGCCGUGGACGACCACUUUAGUUUAUGGCUACACUUCAGACAAUAGUACCCUACUGAGUGGCAUAGUAAAAGUUGACAUAAAGAAGACGAAUGACUCGCUUGUUUUCGACGAUGCUUUUAAUACGAGAUACCCAGAGAAAGUAAAAGAGGGGCAUUACAUAUUUAAACACGACAUAAGCGAAAUAAUUUAUACAAAUUUUGAAACAUGCAUAGUUCUCUAUUCACAAUUACUUGGAUACCAAGUUUGGGUUGCAGGAAAGAACCCCAUCGGGACAAGUGGCCUCCCGUACCUUUGCACGUUCCUCUAUGAAACCUGCGCUGGACGAAAAAAACACUGGGCUUACGAUUGGACUAUAUGCCCUCGAAUUAAAUCUAAGGAUCCUAAAACAGUGCCUAAUAGAGGGGACAGCACUAAAGCAUAA